AUGCCCUACCUAUUCGAACAACAUAGUCUGGAGAUCGCCAUUGUGGGCGGUGGCAUCGCCGGUGCAGUCCUCGCCGUGGGCCUCAGCACGCGGGGCCUGAAGGUCAAGGUAUACGAGCGGGCUCGAGGGUUCAGUGAAGUUGGUGCUGGCAUUGGAUUCACUCCCAACGCGGAAUGGGCCAUGAAGGACAUUGACCCACGCAUCCAUGAAGCCUUCAAGAAAGUGGCUUCUCGCAAUGCCUCUGAUUGGUUUACGUGGAUUAACUCGUACGAUGUCCACGGCUCCACCAACGGUGACGAGGACGAGCUUAUUUACGACAUGUAUCUCGGGGAGCGAGGCUUCGAGGGCUGCCACCGAGCGCAUUUUCUCGACGAAGUUGCCAAACUGAUACCUGCGGGCACGGUUGAGUUCCGUAAAACUCUUGUCACCGUCAAGGAACGUGGAGAGCAUGAAAAGUUGCUGUUGGCGUUCGAAGAUGGAACAGCGGCUGAGGCUGAUGUUGUAAUUGGAUGUGAUGGCAUUCGAUCUCGAGUUCGUCAGCUUGUCCUUGGUGAAAGCAACCUGGCAGCAUACCCAGGAUACACUCACAAGUACGCCUUCCGCGGGCUCAUUCCCAUGAACCAGGCGGUUGCUGUGCUGGGGGAAGAGAAAGCAGGCAGUCGCUAUAUGCAUCUCGGCCUCGGCGCCCACGCCCUGACGUUCCCUGUUGCUGAUGGGGCUCUGCUUAACGUGGUCGCGUUUGUCAACGACCCUAAAGAGUGGCCGCACAAGGACAAACUCAUCGGUCCCUGCAGCAAGCAGGACGCCGUCGACGCCUUCAAGGACUUUGCGCCUGCCACGCGAGCGAUCAUCGACCUCCUCCCGGACGAGCUUGACAGGUGGGCUAUCUUCGACACCUGCGACAACCCUGCGCCCACAUAUGUCAAAGGUCGUCUCUGCCUUGCGGGUGAUGCUGCGCACGCAUCUUCUCCCCACCACGGAGCCGGAGCGGGAAUGGGAAUUGAAGAUGCUGCCGCCCUAGUGUCGUUGCUAGAGCGAGUGCAGAGUGAGCUGCACGAGGAGACAAAUACCAAAGCCCGUUUGAUUGAAUCGGCUCUGGUUGCGUACGACCAUGUUCGACUGGGCCGGUCUCACUGGCUUGUGGAGUCCAGUCGCUUCGUCGGAGAACUGUACGAGUGGCAGCAUGGCCGCGAUGCAGUCAGUAUCCGCCAGGAGAUUGACUGGCGAGCUCGCAAGAUCUGGUCGUACAACAUCGAUGAGAUGAACCGGCAGGCUCGAGAGGAUUUCAUGCGAAGACUGGGGCGCCGGAACAGGGCAUUGGCCUAG